AUGGCCGAACCCGCUCAAACCCCGCAAUACAUUUACAAAAUCGUGCCCGAGGCGCCGCCGUCGCCGCUGCCGACCGAGUUCCGCCUCUCGGACCUUGAUCGUAACGAUGGCUUUAUUCAUCUGAGUACGGCGGAGCAGGUCCUCAACACAGCAAACCUCUUCUUCUCAACCGCCACAACCCUGUACCUCCUCAAACUCCCUUACGCGCCCCUCGCCGCCUCGGGCUCGAUGAAAUGGGAGUUCCCGCCUUCAGGCAAGUUCCCCUCCGCCUUCCCGCACCUGUACGGACGCAACUUUGGCGCCGCCGACGUCGAGGACGCAAAGGGGUUCGAGAGGGCCGAGGGACAGGUGUGGAGUGAGGUUUUGGGUGGUGAUGCGUGGCUUGUUUGA